AUGCAGGUGCUGAGGCUUCGACCUGAUAGCUCCCGCGGCGGAGGCACCAGCCCUUUGGAAUCUCCACUCCUCUGGCAGAGCACUCCAGACUCUGUGCCUGGGUGGCCAAGGUCGCGGCUGAAGCGAAAAUCGCCGUCUAAACGACCAUGCCAGCCACCUUGGCAGUCGCCUUGGCCUAGACUAUCGUUUACAACCUACUCGAACAAAGUUGACGACGACCCGCAAUUACGACCGACGCCAGCCUCUCCUGGCUCUUGGCAAUUUUGCUUCGCAUUCACCACGUACAGUGCCCAUGCAGGCGCCGAUUCCGGUUGGUCCCGUUGUGCACAUAUUCUGAAGACGUCGUCGCCAGUCUUGUGCGUCGUGGGUGCGGGACUGAGUGCACCAUCCGGCACAGCCACCUGGAGGGGAACGAAUGGAUUAAGUAUGGGGGAGCAUCAAGGCCAAGGAGCUGGCAUCGCCCAAGAAAUUCCAAGAAGACCCCGUUGCCGUCCGAACCCAGCACACGACGCGCUCGCGGCUCUUGCUAGCCAGCACAAGGAUUGGCUGACUGUUCAUCAGAACGUUGAUGGGCUUCUCGAACAGACCAGCCAUCCUAAAUCAACAUUGCUCAGCAUCCACGGCAACCUAAGGGCCGUUCGCUGUACCGUGUGUGACUACCACAUUCAUGUCGAGAAACCGGAUGAUAUCCCUUAUUUGCGCGCACUAGCUGACUUGAACAACCCGCCCCCCUCCGUCGCAUUAUCCGACCUUCCCCGCUGUCCUACUAAAUGCGCCAACUUGCUGCGCCCACGCGUGGUUUGGUUCGGCGAAAAGCUCGCUGCUAAUGCGACCGACACAGUGGAUGAGUGGAUACCAGCAGGCCACGUCGACUUGGUGAUAGCUGUGGGUACAAGUUUGGAAGUCUUCCCAGCUGCAGAGUGGGUCCACACUGUACGAGCCGAUGGAGCAACCCUUGCCAUUAUGGAUGCAGACGAAGAUCAUCACCCGAAGGAUCAAGAAGCGUCCGACUAUGGCGAUUGUUGGCAUGUCCCAGGCGAUGUUGCAGUGACUCUGUCUAGGAUUCUGGAAAACUUCAUGUUAGUUACAGCAGAGGCAUGCGAAAAAGACACGACUAGUAGAGGCUAG